AUGAGUUUUUUUUUUUUUCGAAACAAACAAGAUGAUAACACAAAUGAGAAUACAAAGGAACAGGGUGAAGAAAAAGUAACCCUGAAAAUAUAUUUAGAUGAAAUGUUUACACAUAGUGGUGAUAUAUUUAAAGCUGUGUUUGAAUUAAAUGGUCCCAAAAAAUCUAGCGAAAAUAUCCAAAUAGAUUUUAUUGUCAUAUAUAUUUAUGGAUUGUACAUGUUUAAUAAUGAAGUAAUAAAUUUAUGUAACCAUGAAUUAAUAAAUAAACAAAAUAAUAUAAAUUUGCCAUUUUAUAAUAGACAAAAUUAUUAUAAUAAUCAAUAUUUAAUAUUUUAUACAAAUCCAAUAAUAUUAUCAAGCAAUAUUAUUUUUAAAAAAAAUGAACAAACAUAUAUUUAUAAUUUAGAGUUGCUUAUUCCGUCUUUUAUUCCUCCAACAUAUAAUGGAAAAAAUAUAAAAUUUAAAUAUUUUCUUUAUAUUCAAUUAGUUAAAAGAUAUUGUAAAAAAAAUAAUAAAGAAUAUAAAACAAAAAAAUAUGAAAAAUAUUUUCCUAUUAACAUAUUAACAUCUAAAUAUCCAAAUUCACCAAUCCUUGAUUUUUAUAAUUUUCCUAUUAGACCUUAUGAAUUAAAAACAUGUUCAAAAAUAAAUAAUUUUAAAUAUUUAUUUCACAAUUUUAGAGUUAAAGCUAAUCAAAUUUAUAUAACUAAUUUGAAUGAGAUACAAAAUAAUGAAGACAAUGCUUCUAAUAAUAUGACUAAAUUAGAAAGAACAUCAUUUAAUAGUUAUAUAAUACCUUCUUAUAUUUAUAAUAACAAAUAUAAAUCUAAUUUGGAUAUUUUACUUUGUAUAUACAAUAUUUGUUUGCAAAGAAAAAAUGAUUCAUCACUAUAUCUAAUAAAUUAUAUUGUUAAUAACUAUAACUAUUUUUAUUUUACACAUUUAUUUUUUUAUUUAAUAUAUCAUUAUAUUUAUUAUGUUAAUAUUGUUCCGAGAAAAGACGCCGAUUCUGAUCAGUUCUUCGAUUUUGCGAAAAUGUUGGAAUAUGCCAACUGCAUGAAUGUGGCUAAUAAUAACGUCGCAAAUAAUGUCAAAAAUGACACAAAUAAUGUCGAAAAUGACACAAAUAAUGUCGAAAAUAAUGGGGAGGGCAGUUUAGAAGAAAAGGAAGGACAGGGGAUGUCUGUUGAUGUGCCAACUACCCUUAACAAUCAAGUAAAUUCUGAACCGUUUGAAAAUAGGGAUGAUAUAGAAAUUAUAAAAAUGGAAAAAUUGAAACACAAAAAAAAUUCUGACCCAUACUUAAAUAAUACUAUUUUAUAUGAUGAUAAAGAAUUAUAUAAUUUUUAUUUUUGUAAUUAUGAUAAUUUUGAAUUUAACGGGCAAAUUUAUAUGCCAAUACGUUGGUUUGAUAACUUAUUUGUAAAAUGUCAAAAUAACCAAAAUGAUCCAGAUUCUGUUGAAAAACAAAUUAUUAACAACAAUUAUGUAACAUAUAGUGAUGAGGGUAGUGAAAUUUCUGAGAAUCCCAAUAUCACUGAUCAAGUUGGGUCACAAUAUAGGCCCGAUAAAACAGGCGAUAAAAAUGGUGAGAAAAAUGGCAAGAAAAAUGGCAAGAAAAAUGGCGAGAAAACAGGCGAAAAAACAGGCGAGACUGAAGCCCGCUUUCAAACAGAGGAAACAGUGUAUUAUGAUAAAUUUAUCGACAAAAUAGAAACAAUAUUAAAUUAUAUGAGAGCAGAAAAUAUGUUCAGAAAUAUUAACAGAAAAAAAAUAAAAAACAAAAUUCCAACUUUGGAUAAUUCUAACGAAAUAAAUAAUAACGAAUGUAAUGAUAAUUUUGAUACCAAUAAUAUGUGUGUAUUAAAAAAUAAAAAAAAUGGAAAUACAAAUAUUAUGAACAUAUAUAAAGUAAAUAUGAACAAGAAGAAUGUUUGUAUAGUUACACUAGUGGAUAAAUUUCAAAACAAAAUAACAAACACAUUUAAUCGUAACAGUAUUAUAAAUAUAAAUAUGAAUUUUGAGCAAGCAAAAGAUAUAUAUACAAUACAUGCAGAUAUAUAUUUAAAAAGAAUUGAAAAAAUAAAAAUUAAUACAAAAUUUAUAAAUUUAACAACAAAUAAAUUAUAUGAUGAUACUGAUAUUAUAGAAAAAGGAAAUUCCACAGUUAGUUUUGAGGAAGAAUUUAGUAAAAAUUCUAAUGAUAACUAUAAUUUAAAUUAUACUAAUAUUAUAAAUACAAAAAUAAUAUUUGAAAAAAAUGUAUCCAUAUUAUAUUGCUCAAAUAAAAAUGUUACUUUUAUUUUAAAUGAACAAAUCAUACCACAAUUUAAAAAUGAUUUAGUAAAAAUAGAAUAUUUUAUAGAUAUUAAUUUUUAUUGCCUGAACAAGCAAUAUAAUACAGCCGAUUUAUUUGGUGUUAAUAAUAAUAUAUUAGACAAUAUAUAUAAUCUUAAUUUUAAAAUCCCAAUUAAUGUUAUAGAAACAAUUUAUCAUACUUAUGAAAAUUAUUCAGGUAUUCAUUUUUAUGAUCAAACUAUUUCACAAUUAGAAAACCAACAACUUAUGUUGAAAUAUAAUCACAAAUUAUUAUAUACUACCAAAGAAGAUCUUAUCAAAACUGUUAUAUUGUGA